AUGGAUAAAGCUUUAGAACGAGCUUUGGACCAUGCGGAGGGUGUCAUUGAAAGUGCCCAACAGAGACCUCCUAAAAGGAAGCACUCCUCUAGUGGGGGACAAUCUCUCCACGAGAAACUGUAUGACAUAUACGUGGAAGAGUGUGGGAAAGAGUCCGAGGUUACAGAGGAAUUGACAAGCAAUGUGAACUUGUUAGAGAAGCUUGUUAGCAGGGAGCCCUUGCCCUGUUUGGUGGUCAACCUAUACCCAGGCCAGAAGGGCUACUCGCUGAUGAUCAAGGGACUAGAUGAAGAAUAUUCAGAGACUAUUCGGCUGCCUUAUGAAGAAAAGGAAUUUCUUGAAUACUUGGAUGCAGAAGAAUUGCCUCCUAUUUUGAUGGAUCUCCUGGAACAGUCUCAGGUUAACCUUUUUCACCGUGGGUGUGUCAUAGCAGAGAUACGGGACUAUAGGCAGUGCAGUCAUGGGGAACCCCCUGGUUACCAAAGCAGGCAUAUCCUCCUACGCCCAACCAUGCAGACGUUAGCCUGCGAUGUACAUUCCAUAACCAGCGAUCACCAGGAAUGGACCCAGGAAGACAAACUUUUACUUGAGAGCCAGCUGAUCUUAGCCACAGCUGAACCCCUGUGCCUUGAUCCUUCUGUAUCUGUAGCCUGCAUUGAAAACAGGCUGCUCUAUCACAAGCAAAAGAUGAACACUGUGGCAAUGCGGAGGAACUUCCAGAGGUAUUCUACCGCCUCCCUGAACCGGCGGCAGCGGGAGCUGCCUUGUGGGCCACCCUCUCCUGAGCUAAGGGCACGGGCUCCUGACCCAAAACGCAAAGAAAGUCAAGCAGGUCAGCAGUCUGACCUCACAAUUUCCAAGCCAGGAGAUUGUGUAGAUAUGUGGAAAGAGCGACCCUGUGUCUUGGAGGUCCCUUCUGCAUUGGAUGUGGAGAAAUGGGCUGAAGAGGAGAGGCCUGUCAAACAUGACUCACAACCAACAGUCUGGCCAGCCCAGGAGGUAAAAGAGGGUUCUCUGUUUGGAUGUCAAGCUGGCGAUCAGUCCCAGACAACAAAGCCGUCUCCCAUGCAGUCUCUUAAUGAUCCAUUUAUUUCUGGAAAAAGGUCACGUAAAAAAGUCAGAUGUGGGAGAGAGAUGUCUCACCACCGUUCCUCCACAGAUGAGCAUUACAGUAGUUUCAUGCCUGGGUCCAAGACUGAUGCUGGGAAAGCAGCCAGUCAGUCCGAGGAAUUGGUGCAAAAGAAUGCCAAAAGUCCAGUCACAGUGUCCCUGGGCUGCAGUGGCUCAGCCAGUCUCAGCCAACUUUCUUCAGGGGAAGAAGCAGAACAGCCUCUGGCCCUGUCGGUUCCAUCUUCAGUGCUGGGGAAGGGAGUCCAGCAGCCACCGCCACCCAUCAGUCUUUCCUCCAGCUCAGGAAACAGUUCCUCAGGCAACAGUUUUACUGCACAGACGGCAAGCAGCUUUCGUGAGUCUCCAUUUCCUACCCCUGCUUCAAAGCCACCAAGUUUUCCCCAGAAAGCGUCUGUGGAAGUGAACCAAGUUAGCACACUUCCUGAAGCUACCCAGCCCACUGCCAGCUCAUCACAAACAACCCCAGCCAGCCAUGUCAAGGCCAACUCUGCUGGCCCCAAUGUCAUCAAAGUGGUGCGUCCUGUUCAUGCAGCCCAGACUGGGGUGAGAGGUUCCAAUCCUGUGAAGGGCUCUACUGCUAAGGCCAAGGCUCCAGUGGCAAUCAAACCCAGAAUCAUAUACUCAGGAGGCCAGCAGAUACCAAAUACAUGGUCCACUGUACCAAAGGCUCCUUCACAAGGUGUUCAUCUUAUUUUAAAAAAUGCUUCAGAUCCCACACACAUAACUCUACUCCAGCUUCCACCAGGUUCACUCAUUUUGAACACCCAGCAGCAGCUGCAGCAGCAGCCCCAGCAGCCACAGCAACAGCUGCAGCAGCAGCCCCAGCAGCAG